ACUUCGCGGAGGGGGAAACAGAGGCAGAUCCAAGAAACUCAUCCUGAGAUUGAAAAAAUGCGCUGGGGAUUCCUGUGCCAGUUUCUGUGGCUUUGGUACUAUCUAUGCUAUGUUCAAGCUGUGCCCGUCCAGAAAGUCCAGGAUGAUGCCAAAUCCCUCAUAAAGACCAUUAUCAUCAGGAUCAAUGACAUUUCACACAUGCCUCUCUCCUCCAGACAGAAGAUCACUGGUUUGGAUUUCAUUCCUGGCCUCUUCCCUGCUCUGAGUUUGUCCAAGAUGGACCAUACACUGGCAGUCCAUCAACAGAUUCUCACUAGGUUGUACUCCCAAAAUGCGAUGCAAAUAUCUAAUGACCUAGAGAACCUCCGGGCCCUUCUCCAACUGCUGGCCUCCUUCAAGAACUGCCCCCAGCCCCAGAUGAGUAACAUGAAGAUCCUGGAGAGUCUGAUCAGUGUCGAGGAAGCCUUUCGCCACUCCACGGAGGUGGUGGCCCUGAGCAGGCUGCAGGGGUCUCUGAAGAACAUAUUGAAGCAGCUGGAUCUCAACCCUGGGUGCUAAGGCCCUGAGGGCCACUUUUCCUUCCAAGGGCCACGUGGAGGGAAGAGACUGGCUUUCAUCUGUCUCCAGGAAGUAAGAGCUUUAUGGGGACACCCCUUAUUUGGGACUAUGUUCAUUUCUGUCAUUCCUCUAAGCCAUCCUUUAAGACUCCAUGUUAUUUAAACCAAAGCUCUAUACACAAUUCCAUGCUCACCUCAAAGGAGUCCCAACCAGCUCAGCAUGGAUCGUACCUAUAAUUUUCAUCAAAUUCUUCAGCUAUUGACAAGAGUCGUCCCUAUCCCCUGUUCCAUCUCUCUGUGCAUGCUUCACUGUGACCAGGGUGAUUUCAAAGGCCUGUUUGGCCCUUCAGAGCCUUUAGAUAUUCUCAAAGUUCUAUCUGAAAACUCUAGGGAGCCCUAUGAAGGCUACAUCCACCUCACAGUUGGA